ACUAAGUAAAUAAACGGGUAUUGAAUAAAAAUGGGAGCAGUUAUCCAAGAUGUACAUUCAACAUAUUUUUAUUUUGGUUUAUAUUUGGCUACCGGCUUUGUAAUUACAUUUCUGGCAAUCGUUUUAUUAUACGUUGCAUGUUCGAGAAAAUUUCGUUUGAAUUGGUAUGAAAAAAAUUUGUUGGAAAGGCGCAAUGAUGUGAAAUGUGGAUAUUCAAAUUCCGAUACAAGUAGUAUUCAAUCCAUAUAUCCUUCAGUGGAAACGAUUAGUGAUACAGCAUCGCAUAUUGGACCAGUUGUGGGAACUACAAAUGUGCCAGUCAGUGUUGCAGAGGAAUUGGUACCAAAUAUUAAUGUGGCAAACUAUUCAGCAUAUCCUCGGCCACCAUUAUCGGAUUCUUCGAACUCACCUCAAACUGAUGCCGAAAAAAAUUUUAUAUUCAAUAGUCCAACAAAAUCUCGACAAAUUUCAAUGCAAACAAAGCUAGAUCCUUCAAAAAUAAAUACAUCACUGUAUCAAAAGACAAUUAAAUCUCAACCAUCAUGCGAAUUAAAAUCGGCUGGAAUUGUUCAUUUAAUUCUAUCAUAUGAUGUAACUGCGGGUAUAUUAAAUAUAAAAAUUUUAGAAGUGAAUGAUUUACCUGCAACUGAGUUUAAUGGCACUGCAAAUCCAUACGCUAAAAUACGAUUACUACCCCAUCAUGCAAAUGUUUGGCAAACUCGUGUACAUAAACGUACUUUAAACCCUGUAUUUGAUGAAGAUUUUGUAUUUGAAGUUGAUCCUCAAGAAAUAUCAAAGCACACAAUUGAGGUAACAUUAUGCGAUUUUGUUGCUUACUCAAGACACAGAAAUAUUGGAACAAUUCGUUUACAACUUGGUCACAUUGAUCUUACUCAAACGACUGAUGUGUGGAAAGAGUUAAAACCAUGCUCUGAACGAGAUUUAAAAGCAGAAUUAGGUGAUUUAAUGGUUUCACUUGUAUACUUACCUUCAGCUGAACGAUUGACCGUUACAGUAAUUAAAGCAAGAAAUUUAAAAAUUGUUGACGAAACUCGUACAUCAUCAGAUCCGUUCGUGAAAGUUUCGAUUAUAUUGGAUGGAAAAAGAAUUAAAAAACAAAAAACAAGCUUUCAUCGUAAUACAAUAUUUCCAGUAUUUAAUGAAGCUUUAAUAUUUAAAAUAAGUCGUGAUAUUUUAAAACGUUGCUGUAUUGAAUUUCGUGUAUUUCAUGAUAGUUUACUUGGCGGCAGUGAAUUAAUUGGUACUUGUAUAAUUGGCAGUAACGCGUUUUUACGCUUUCAUGAUCGACAAGUUCAUUCUCAAUUAAUACAUGAUCAAUUAGUACCACCACAAUGGUUAUCGUUAACCGAUACCUAUUCUCAUUAAAUUCAGUUUAAACCACUGUAAUUCAAAUAUUUAUUUUAAUAUGAUUUUUAAAAUGAUGUAAUUAAUUUUGAAUUUUGUAUCGAGAUUCGUACAAGUUUUGACGAUGUGAUGUAACGUCUGCUUAAUUUACAUAGGCGAAGAUAAUUAUAUUAUCUCUGAUGAUGGUCAACUUUAAAUGUUUAAAUAAAUUCGACUUCGAGCGUUCUAAAAACGAGGAAGAGAAGGACAUCCUAAGGGACUUCAACAAGAAUAAUGGGACCUUCUAAAUAUCACGUAACAAAUUGAUCAUUUUUGAACCCUCAGUUUUUUUGUAAAAUAUAAUAAUUUUACGUUACCUUUGUUUGAGAAAAUUUGCUGGAAGCAACUGAAACAACGAAUUGACUUUAGUUCGACGGAUGACGGGUGAAACUACUGGGGAUUGAUUUGUUAUUUAUGUAAAUUUUUACGAAAAAAACAUAAAUCAAAUUAUAUUUAUUUGCGCAAUCAUCUUGUAAUGAUUCUACAGUAAGAUUAACAAAAUAUUAUCUCGUUAAUGAUAUCGGAUCAAAAAAUUUUUAAGCACUUGCUAAAAAUUUUAUUAUCAAUGGGCUAUAUCAUUGUCUGAAUGUACGGUUUUUAUCAGACACCCCGUAUGGGAAUAUUAUAAUGUACCUCAAUUUAAACUCUAGAAUUUUUACCGUGUUUCUUAUGAAUAAUUGAUAUAUACUAUAUAUUUUUUGAAAUAUUUUGUAAUAGUCAAAGAUGAAAAUAUUUUAAAUUAAAUUUUAGAUAGGUAUUAGUUCAUUUAAAUUGGCAAAAAAUAAGAGAAAUUGCCCAAAAAGCUUGCCCUAUUGAGGUUCAACGUGUAAUGUGGUGGGUUUCAGCUAUCCCUAUCAUGUACUUUCCUGGUUUUUCGCAUUUUCUAUUGAAACGGUAAGGAUUUCGCAAUAGAGAAGUUGCAUUAAUUUUUUUUUUGGCCACAAAUUCAUAUAUAAUUGAAAGAGUAAUUCAUCUAACCAUAAACUAGUUAACGCCAAAUAUUAUUAUUUAAAAAAAAAUUAUAUAUAAAAAAAGUGCUUCUGAAAUGUUCCUUCGCCUAUUUUGUGCAGAAACAUUUUGUGAGGAUUAUUUGUGAACAUAUAUACUUUUUCUGUGGUCUAAUACAAUACUGAAG